GCACAUUUUAAAAUGUAUAUUUAGGGAGCCUUACCGGGAUUCAACUCUUUUGAGCAGCAUAGCAGCAUUUCGCGGCAUCCUUUGGCCAUUUUGACCAGUUGGCCAUUUUGACCGCUUAACCGCUUAACCGCCUAACCGCUCCCCCCCCGCGCAAUGUCCACCGCGCUGAACGCCCACGCACUCAACGACCGAAAGCGAGAAAUGCACCAGCGAAGAGGUUGAACCUGCUUGGCGAGUCCAAAAACGGGGCAUCCCUUUGCACAGACAUAUGCAUGUGGGCAUACGUACAGGCAUACGCAUAGGCACACGAAUAGGCAUACCCAUAGGCAUACCCAUAGGCAUACCCAUAGGCAUACCCAUAGGCGAGCUCAUAAAUAUCCUUCUUUGAGGUCUUCCCCCCAAGUGAAAGCCCCCCCUAAGUGCAUACACCAAAAAUACCCCUCGAUAACCUCCCACCCCCUGACUUUUUCCCCCCUCUUUAAAUGGCACAAAACAAAGGGUCCAACCAGCUCAUUCAGCAGCUGCUGAAGGCUGAGGAAGAAGCCGACUUGGUGAUUAAAAAGGCCAAAGAUGUGCGCGCCAAGAUGUUGAAAGAGGCCGAAACGACAGCCACCGAAGAGUUGAAGAUUUUCCGGGCAAAGGAGAAGGAGCGCCUGAACAAGGGGCACAAGGAGAAAACCACCGCGGAAGACGAAGCCGUAACCCUAAUUGAGCAGAACACCAAGGAAGAAAUAAAAAAGUACAAGGAGCUCUUUAAAAAGAACAAAGAGCAAGUGGCCCAAUUUGUGUUUGAUAAAGUGUUCACCGUGGAUUUGACCAUUCCAGACUGCACCCAGAAGUCGCUUUAGGGUAGCCAAGCCCUGACCCGCUAAUUGGCCACCACCUGUCUGUACCUCCAUUGGAGGGGGAGGUGCUUA